GCUCUCCUUGCGGUCUCCACGUCGCCCUCCGGGAUCCUAAGGCGCUCCGCGAUUUCUUUGCAGAUUGGAUCCCAAACUAUACGGGAUGGAUAUGCUGCUGGCCGCGGCGGAUGCCAGCGUCCUCACCGAGGACCUCAUCGUCGAGAUCCUCUCUCGGCUGCCCUACAGCUCCAUCUGCCGCUUCAAGUGCGUGUCCAAAUCAUGGCUCGCCCUCUGCUCCGACCCUGCCCUCCGCAGGAAGUCGCCUCAAACACUGUCCGGCUUUUUCUACCGGAGCAAUCGGCGCGGUCGCAACUUCACCAAUCUGUCGGGGAGAGGCCGGCCUAUGGUCGACCCCUCUCUCCCCUUCCUGCCCAGCAGCUGUAAAACCAUCCAAAUCAUCGACUCCUCCAACGGUCUUCUGCUCUGCGGCUACGCCAAGAAGUACGAGUACGAGUACCUCGUGUGCAAUCCUGCAACUGAGAAGUGGGCUGUGUUGCCAGAGACGAAUGCCAUGGUGGGAAUGCACACCGCGCGUCUGUGUUUUGACCCAGCCGCGUCGUCUCACUUCAGAGUUUUUCUGCUCGUGAAAGACAGGCUUGAAGUCACUGGGGUGAAGAUCUACUCAUCAAAAACCGGAGCAUGGACCUACCGGCAGAGCGAGUGGGGUGAUAGCUGCAUAGUGCACGAUGCUGCAAAAAGUGUAUUCUUCAAUGACACAAUGCAUUUCACUACAUCUGGUUCUUCGGUAGUCACGGUUGAUAUGGAGCUCAGCAGAUGGAGGAGAAUCCCGACACCGCACCCAACAAAUUCCAGCUUCAUAGGGCUGUCUCGGGGCCGCCUGUAUUUGGUUCGCUGUGAUUAUAACAAUGACUACCAUCUGUCAGUUUGGGUCCUCGAGAACUGUGGAGGUGAUGAAGAAUGGAUCCUAAAGCAUUUCGUCAGCAAAUCAGAACUAUGUGAACCAUGUCACCUCAACUCUCCAAGAUCUCUUGCGCUCACUGCAAUCCAUCCUGAACGGAAUUUGAUUUUCUGUACUAUGGAGCAUGGAGAUAUUGUAUCAUACGAUCUCGAUAGCAGGAUAAUGCAUACUAUCUUCUCUCCUCGGCCAUACAAGGCGUUCACGUAUCAACCGUAUAUUCCCUGCUUCUCGGAGUGGCUAUCGGAUGGACACUAGAAGCCACUCGCUGUAUCUCUGCCGGUGUAAGAACUAUAUAUAUGCUACAAGGAGUGAGAUCUUCUAGUGCCUUCCCCGAGUGGCUAGGAUAAGUUCCAUAAGUCCGAUCUUCUAAUCGUUUGAUGCUCAAAAGCAGAUUUCGUGUCAUUCUGAAUUACACGAUGUUGGCUAACAUUGAAGAGUAUGUAAGAAAACCUAUGGUAUCCACCGGGUAGCUAUUUCGAUGGAGUUUGUCUAUGACUUUAUGUGCUUCCAUCUACAUAUAUUUGUGAACCCAUAU